CUCUCUCUCUCUCUCUUUUUUUAUAUAUAUACAUAUACACACCUCCUAAACACACAGAGAUAGAGAUAGAGAGAGAGAGAAAGAGAGAGAGAAUGUCUGGAACCUCUGCCACCGCCAUCGCCACCACAUCGCCGCCUUACGAGGUGGACGAGUGCCGAGGCGUCCUCAGAGUGUACAGUGACGGCUCAAUCGUCCGAUCCUCUAAACCUAGCUUCAACGUCCCUAUCUACGACGACGGCUCUGUUAUCUGGAAAGACGUUCAAUUCGACUCCAUCAACAACCUACACCUCCGCCUCUACAAGCCAGCCACUUCCUCCUCAGCUAAGCUCCCUAUCUUCUUCUACAUCCAUGGCGGCGGCUUUUGCAUCGGCUCUCGAACCUGGCCUAACUGCCAGAACUACUGCUUUCGCCUCGCUUUGGAUCUCCAAGCCCUGAUCAUCUCCCCUGACUAUCGGCUGGCUCCUGAGAAUCGGCUCCCGGCUGCUAUUGAGGAUAGCUAUAUGGCUGUGAAGUGGCUUGCUCUUCAAGCUCAAGCCAAGUCAGAUCCGUGGUUGAGUGAUGUGGCUGACUUUAGCCGAAUUUUUAUAUCGGGCAGCUCAGCUGGGGGGAACAUAGCGCAUAAUUUGGCAGUUAGGCUUGGAGCUGGGUCGGGUGAAUUGGACCCGGUGAGAGUAAGAGGGUAUGUGCUAUUGGCACCUUUUUUCGGUGGAACUGCUCUCACUAGAUCUGAGGCUGAGGGACCUAAAGAUGCUUUCUUGAAUUGGGAACUAAUUGACAGGUUUUGGAGGCUAUCAAUACCAAUUGGAGAGACCACGGAUCACCCACUUGUGAAUCCAUUCGGACCGGUUAGCCCAAAUUUGGAAUCAAAAGAUCUGGAUCCAAUGCUUGUGGUGGUCGGGAGUAGUGAUCUGCUACGAGACCGUGUAAAAGACUACGCUAAGAAGUUGAAAGGUUGGGGAAAGAAGGUGGAGUACGUGGAGUUUGAAGGUAAGCAACAUGGUUUCUUCAACAUUGAUCCCAUCUCACCUGAUUCAGAUCAGUUGAUGCUUCUUAUCAAACAGUUCAUCACUGAGAAUUAGAUUUUUUUUUUUUAUUUUAUGAUUUUCAGCUGCGUAUGUAUUAGAUUAUUGUCCUUUGGGGCUUGUUUGGAUAUCUCUCUUUUCCAUGUUUCUUUUCAUUACUUGCUUUUAGCUUUUGGGUUUUGUUUGUUCAUGCCAAGUGCUGUUUAAAUAAAGAUGUUCUAUGUGCAAUUUCAAAGCCCUUAA